UCUCGCUCUCUUGGCAGCUGCUGAAGCCAUGUUGUGGUUCCCUCCCUCGUUCGACCUGUCUGCUUCGACCUGUCUGCUUCACUCGCUUGCAAGCACAGGCUUGACACUCCUUUGGCCGCAGUCGCUCGUUUAGUCGUUUCCUACAACGAUGGCCAUCUAUUUCAAGCUCGUGGCGGCUUUUGCCCUCGCUCUCUUUCAGUUUUGUUUCGCAUUCAACCCUUCCUGGCUGCUGGUGAAGGGCAUCGAGUACCCGGAUUCUGAUCCCGUCACCACACCGGGCGGCAUCAGCAGCUAUGGCCGACCGCACGAGGCCAUGACCAAAAAAGGCGUUAGCUCGGGCUACUCCUGGUUCAACAUCGAGAAGGCGACAGCUUCCAUGGACAAAGCCCGCAAGGAGAUCAUCGAGGGCUCAAAGAUAGUCGACCAGCAUGGCGACAGCGAGGCCGAGCUGGGGGAGGCUCACUGUGACGACGAAACUCUCCAACAAUGCAACACCAGGCUCAUGAGCGCCAAGGACGAGAUAAAAGGUCUCCUUGCCAUUGGCGACGUAACGGACGCCAGGAACAAGCUUGGCCGAGUCCUGCACACUCUGCAAGAUUUCUAUUCACACACAAACUGGGUCGAAAUGGGCCAUCGGUCCGCGGCGCAGAUCUCGCAGAAACUCUCCAGGGAAUGGCCGCUGGAGUAUCCCCUCGCCACCAUAGGCGUGAUCACCUGCCAGAAUUGCGUAUACGACGAUAUUCCAUCUGGCGACUGGCCCGAGGAGCGGCAGUUUGACGAGCAGUGUCGCCUGGACGUGUCGAGCUCCGACCCCCUCAGUUCAAUCUCGAAGGCCAGGGUUUUCCUGUGCAUGACGGAUAGCUUUCUCACCGGGAUCGACCCGACGGUCAGACACGUCGAUCCCGACUGCCACGACAACCUGCUACCCGGUCUCUCGGUGGGCCAGCAAUACCUGACGAGCGGCUAUUUUGGAACGCACUUGGCCCUGCACUCGACGAAGCCAGGGACACACAAGUGUUCGCACGGCGGCCCCUUCGAUCGAGAUGCUACCGGAAAGGAGGGAAUCGCGAAGGACACGAAUUAUGCGUUCAUGUCCCCCCACUGGUUUGAGCAUGAGGCGGCCGCUGGGCUUGCCGACCAGGCAACCAUACAGUACAUGGACGACCUCCGGCAGACAAUCUGUGGGAAGGACGGGGACCCCGGUAGCCUCGCGCCAAAUGACUGUGGCUUGCUGAAGCUCCUGCUGGGCAUCGGCCCUGUUCUGAAUUUCGUGAUAGAUACUACAGGGAGCAUGGGCAAUGUGAUCGCCGGUGUGCAGCUUGCCGCCGUGGAGAUUGUUAGCGCGAGGCGCUCGGCCACCGCCAAUCUCCCCUCCCUCUACGUUCUGUCACAGAUCCAGGAUCCGGAUGUGCCGCCUGCACAGACGUUCACGGACCCCGAUGCCUUCAUAUCUGCCAUCCUGUCGCUCGGGGCCGACGGAGGCGGCGACUGCCCGGAGCUUGCCAUGGCCGCUAUCCAAAACGCCGUGGAUGCCUCGUCUGCGUGGGGGCAGAUCUUUGUGUGGACCGACGCAGCCGCCAAGGACGCGGGCCUCGCGAGCAGCGUGGCCGAUGCGGCCAAGAAAAAGUCGCUGCAGGUGAACCUGUUCCAGUUUGACGACAGCGGGCCAUUUGCCGAGGGCUGUUUCGACCCCAGUGGGUUUGACGUCGUCGUGUCGGAGACUGGGGGGAAGCUGUAUACGGGGCUGUCGGAGGCCAGUGCCGGUGAUACGGCGAACCUUGCUGGUCUGCUAAUCGAUGAAAAUCUGGUACACAUAGUUGAUAUUAACUUUGGGGUCUAUGGUCCCGUUGGCGGGUCUCUCAAACACCGCCGGGCGGACCGCUCGGUCAAGUUCGACGUACCCGUUGACGGCUCGCUGACAAAGGUCAGCUUCAGCCUCAACGACACGGCCAUCAACAUGGUAAUCCAGGGCCCGGCUGGCCAGGUACUCACGGCCAGUUCGCCUGGGGUCACUGUGAUUAGCGCCACGUCGUCAACCACCUUCACGGUAAGCAGCCCAGCCGUCGGCAUCUGGACGGUUGAGGCGGUCGGAAACGUACCCUUCUCGCUAUCCGUCUUUGGCACGUCGACGCUGCAGUUCUCCACAUUUGACUUUGUCGAGUUUUCUGGCGAUAAACACGAGGGCUGGUUCGCUGUGUCGACGCCGCCGGACCCGGGCUCGUCGGCGUUUGGCCAUGCCAUCAUCGAGGGCGACUACGCAAGCGCAUCUUUCGAGUUCCGCGCGCGCUCCGGCGAGGUGCUGGGCCAGGUCGCCAUGCUGAACGGUCCUGGCGGCGACGACCUCUCUGUGCCGACCAAUUACUAUUACGGUGAGAACAUAGUGCCAUCGUAUGCGUUCAACAUCUAUGCUGUGGGCAAGGAUUCGGUUGGAGCCGCAUUUCAGCGCCUCUUGCCAGGAAUCCUCACCCUUCCCGCCUUCAACGGCACGGUUCCGCCCAGUGGUAACAGUACUACCACGGCGCCCUUUGGCAACUCGACCUCGUCCACCGCCGCUCCGUUCAGCAACUCGACCUCGACUGCUACCGCUCCAUUUAGCAAUUCUACAGCGAGCACUGGGCCGGGUGGCGGCGGUGGCGGCGGUGGUGGAGGUGGAGGUGGCGGCGGUGGAGGCACCUUCAGUACUGCAACAGGAGGCAGCAGUGGCGGCGGCGGCGGCGGCGGCGGCGGCGGCGGCGGAGGUGGAGGUGGAGGUGGAAGCAGCAGCGGAAGCGAAAUCCCGAUCGCGACUAGUACCAGCCCUAGUACCAGCACCGGCGUCGGACUCGGCGGCGGCAGCGGCGGCGGCAGCGGCGGCGGCAGCGGCAGCGGCAGCGGCAGCGGCAGCGGCAUUGGGGGUACCACGGCGUGCGCGGGCUGUCAGCCAUCCCCUCGACCGGUAUCCACCACGGUCGUUGAGAUUGUGUACGUCACGUACUGUCCCUUGACAAACGCUGCUGGGUCGACAACCUCGGUCUCGACUGGGCUACACACCACCUCCCUGGGCGUCCCGUGUUACUCGUCGUGUAGCAAGUUGUCUGCCAUCUCGCCCACGGGCGGGCCUGGUUUCACUGGUCCUAGCACCAGCGGUGGUGUCCAGGGAACGCAUCGCAGCUCUAGUUCUAUUGCUGUUGCGGCUUCGGGUUUGGGAUCUGGUUCGGGAUCUGGGUCCGGUUCUGGUUCUGGUCCUGGUUCUGGUGGUGGUGGUGGUGGUGGUGGUGGUAUUGCUGGCUCUCGUUCUGGUAGUGGUAUUGCUGGCUCUCUUUCUGGCAGUGUUGGGAGCGGCGGCGGCGGCGGCGGGCCUAAUCCGGUUCCAUCGACACCAACGCAAAAUUGGAGCAGCAUCCUCACUGUAUCGGAGGUCUCAAAGCCAAUUGUUUGCGAUUCACAUCAUUUCCUCAACCCAACCAUAUCAACACUAGAAUUCUCAAACCUCGAGGUGGACAAUAACAAACGGCCCGUAGACGAGCUGGCCGGGAACGAGCCGCCUGCCAACCAGGCCUCAAUUGCUGGUGAUGCGCAGGACCCCCACAGAAACAAGAGUGACGAGACUACCGGCUUGGAGGUGGCCGAGAACGAGCCACCCGCAAAGAGAAUGCAUCCCGCCGCGCACGAGGAGGAAUAUACAGAGUUCAAUCUCGAUCCGGCCGUGUCAAUUGUCACUCCCGAAACGAUGAUCAAGGUUGCAUUGGAGUACGUGAGAGAGAGACAGAAGCCGAGUCCAGGGUCCGCUUUCGUCUAG